GCAAUUUGCACCUUGCAGCAUUUCCCGUUUUGGGAAUAUUGCAUAUGUAUUAUUCUGUAUAAGGCCAAAAGUAGAUACUUAUUUUAUUUGACCCAUUAAGUCUUCAGGUUCAAUAUCACUUAUUGAAUAAAGGCAUAUAGCAUAACCUUAAGCCCAUUUGGCCUCAUUAGGCUAUAUGUUGAACAAAAUACUUUAAAAAAGAAAGACACACACGGGCGCACGCACACGCACACGCACUCACACACACAACACACACGCAGGCCCUGCAGAUAAACAUAGGCUACAAUGUUAUAGACUAUUAGAAUACAUUGACAAUAAAGAAAAAAAAGUUAAUAUAAGGGUUUCAAAAAUAGUGGUUGAUCUUUUCACGUAGUCUAAAGGUCGGUGAAUUUGUCUGGCUUUAUGACAGCUCCGUGCUCCUGGGGUAUCCCCCACACACCUGUCAAACCGCACCUGCACUCACAGAAAACACACCUCUGUGUGGGAUGAGCCCAAGGGUGGGUAAUGCGCUCUGUCUUAGUCUGUAUCUGCCAGUCUGUUCCCAUACACCUCAUAGGCUACUCUUGAGAGAGUUGCGAUGCUCAAACUGCUUAAAUAUCUGCAUGGUUCGGAGUUUGUGGCCAAGUUCCAGAGGGCAUGUGGUCUGUUCCUCAUCGAAGCCGCACAUCAGAACGGAAACUGGGUGCACCCUCCGCGGGAGACGCCGCUCAUAGACGCGGAAGCACCUCACCAACUUGCUCGACUGCGGUGCGGUAAUGGACACGUUAUUACCAAUGACGACAGCAACUCAAAUGACAAACACAAGGAAAAUGGAUACAGUGUUGGUGUGUCUGCUAGGCCCCAGUAUGAGGUGAGGAACCGGCUGCUAUACUUCCUGUUCCUGGUGUCGGCCAGGCUGGGUCACGAGUUCUUCUACAUCACCUUCCCGCCUUGCUUACACUGGAACCUGGACCCCUUCCUCUGCAGACGCCUUGUCAACAUCUGGACCAUGGUUAUGUACAUCGGCCAGGCCCUGAAGGAUGUGCUGAAGCUGCCACUCCCUCUAUCGCCCCCGGUGGUGAAGCUGGAGAAGCGUGUGGACGCUGAGUAUGGCCUUCCCUCCACUCACGUCAUGGCCAGCACCGCCAUCUUCUUCACCCUACUCCUCAGCGCCCCUUCCAGGGUUCAAUUCCAGUUUGAAGUGGGUCUGCUUGUGGCGGGGGUGCUGUCUGUGUUGGUGUGUCUGAGUCGUCUGUGCACAGGCAUGCAUUCCGCUCUGGACGUGAUCUGUGGUGCUCUAAUCUCAGCCACAUUAAUGUUGGUCACCUAUCCAUACUGGGAAACCUUCAACUGGCUCCAGUUCACCUCCCCACUCUCCCUCGUCGGGGCAUUGGUACUGGCUCUCUUCCUGAGCUGCACCUACCCUGAGCUGGGCCAUUACACCACCACGCGGGGGGACACCACCACCAUCCUGGGGGUGGGUGCAGGCUGUUCUGUGGGCUACUGGGUAAAUGAAAGGCUGGGGAAGACAUUUGAGCCCCAGGUUGGUCUACCCAUACCCCUGCCAGCACUGACACUGGGUCGCUUAGCCCUGGCCAGCGCCCGCUUUGUGGUGGGUGUCGUGGCGUUGGUGGCGACUCGACAGAUAAUGAAGACAGCCGGUCUGUGGGUGCUGUGCACCUGGUAUGGAGUGUCAGUCAAAGACAUAGACGCCAGGAGAAGGAAGGAGAUCGAGGUGCCGUAUAGAUUCACCACCUCUACAUCUAUAGGCCGGGUCCAGUCUAUUCUGGUCAAUAGACUGUUCAUAGUACUGGGACUGCUAUGACCCAAUGCUUUUAUGAACUGUUAAAAUACAGUGCCUUGCGAAAGUAUUCGGCCCCCUUGAACUUUUCGAACUUUUGCCACAUUUCAGGCUUCAAACAUAAAGAUAUAAAACUGUAUUUUUUUGUGAAGAAUCAACAACAAGUGGGACA